GAAGCCUCCACACAAACACGUCUUUUUCUUUACCAUCUCAUGUCUUAUUUCCAACAAACGUGGACGACUGUCCAACCCCAAAAAUUCUCUCACCUACAGACCUCUCUCUCUCUCCCUCUCUCACUAAAAUUCGAAACCUUCUCUCUUCUCUCUCCCUCUCUGCUUGCUUUCCAUGGCUUCCAAGGCGGCCUUUUGCUCUUUUCAACAGAAACUAGCCCCCUCAACAAGAAAACCAGAGAUUCCAACUUUCAGACCCUACUGUUCUUUGUCGAUUCGUACAAAGAUCUCCAGUGAAUUGUCUCAAGAUUCGGAUGAAACAACAAAAGAGCCAUUGAUCACAAAGUUCAGACUUGGCGAUUCAUCAGUGGAUGGCUCAAAAAUUCUUCUUCAGCCGAGGGUGUGCACGCUGAGGGCUUAUGGUGACGGAAUCGUUAGAUCGAAGAGGCCUGAUUCUUCUGAUAUGUCACCCUUUUUUGCUUUUCUUUCUGAUUAUAUUGAUAAUUCGAGGAAGAGCGAGUAUGUGGAGCUUCUUUCUGGACGCCUUGCCAUGGUUGCCUUUACAGCUGCAUUGACCAAGGAGAUGGUGACAGGAAACUCUCUAUUCGGGAAGUUGGACGCACCCAGAAUCCUUGAAGCAAUUGGCGUCUGUCUUGUUGCAGUGUUGUCGGCUGCUGCCUUCGCUUGGUUCUCGAGUGCUCGAGUCAGGGUCGGCCAAAUCAUAUCACUUAAGUGCAAUGCCUUUGUCGAUUCCCUCAUCAAUAACUUGGUUGAUAGCCUCUUCUAUGAAGAAGAAUUUCCUGGUGAUGUUUAACAGUAAUCCAUCCUUUUGUUUCAAGAGAUAUUGUCUACUGUAAACAAUGUACUGGAAAAAUGAAUGAAAUUGUGUACAUGAAAUACUAGGGGAACUCGUGUAGAGCAAAGAAUGUGAAAGUAGAAGACCGCUUCGGUAACAGGGUCAUAGAAAAGAGAGUAACACCCCUCAUGUGUAGAUGCAUGAAUAUCCCAAAGACCUAGUUUUGGGAUCCUUAGCAAUGCAUCUUAAAGUUGAGGGUCUAAAUCCCAUAUUUGUUGGCAAAAAAAGAAAUAUAUGAAGUUCUUAGAUCUCUUGAUUGUA